AUGGAGCCUGGAAACCAAUCAUCGGAAAACGAUGUGAAGUACCGCGGCGUGCGCCGCCGUCCCUGGGGCAAAUUCGCGGCGGAGAUACGCGACUCGACCAGGAACGGGCAGAGGAUAUGGCUGGGGACGUUCGACACCGCGGAGGAGGCGGCCAGGGCUUACGACCGAGCUGCCUACGCCAUGAGAGGACACAUCGCUGUCCUCAACUUCCCACAUGAGUACCCCAUGGGCCGGGGCCCAUCCGCGGCAGCUUCAGGCUCGGCCGCAGCUGGGUCGUCGUCGUCUUCUUCUUCGAACCCACGAGGCUCGUCAUCUUCUUCGCCUCAGGUGGUGGAGUUCGAGUACUUGGACGACAGGUUGCUGGAUGAGAUGCUGGAGCAAGAAGAGAACAGGAGGAGGAACAACCGCUAG